GUUAAGAUGGCGGCGCCCACAUGGUAGCAGAAGGAGCUUCUCCCAGUGACUGACUCCCUCCCUCUGUUCCAUCAAUUCUCUCUCUCUCACUGACUCUAACUCUUUCUCUCACCUCAUCUCCGAUUCUCUCUCUCUCUCUCCCUCUCUGUGUGUGUGUGUGUCUCUCUCUCUCCCUCCUGACGAGGCAGAAUUAACAAUGGCAGAAGAAAGCACUUGUAAUACUGAUACAACUCCUGGGGAGUUUGACAAAGAGAAAGAGACAUCUGAGCCAACUAAUCUUACACUGCCUGAGGAAAAUGAAGAUACCAGUGUCUCCGCUAAAGCACCAAUGGAAGAGAACGAGUCCAGCAGCGACAUCUAUCGAUAUAUCAAGGACGAUCUCUUUACGUCUGAGAUUUACAAGAUUGAAAUACAGAACCUUCCAAAAUUUGUCAGCUUCAGCGACCUGAGGAAAUUCCUCGCCCGGAACGGACUCAAUCCUCACAAAAUUAAACUGUUUGGGAAACGUCCUUUCGCAUUUGUGACUUUUAAAAUGGAGGAAGAACGAGACAAAGCCAUGGAGGCUCUUCAGGGGCAGGUCUGGAAGAAUCGAAGCCUAAACGUACGCUUAGCGAAACCAAAGGCCGACCCCAUCGCCAAGAAACGGAAACAAGAAGGCGUGGAGAACGAUGACCAUGAGCAGAAGCGCAUGGUCCCGGCCGAAGGCUUGGAAGAACCUUUGAGCAAACAGAUUGCUGACGUGGUGACACCGCUGUGGAACGUUCCUUAUGAGAAACAGUUGAAGACAAAAGAACAGAAUGUCUUGCAAGUGCUGGGCGUCUUGACCAGGGAAAUAGGAAACAAUAAUAAAGCCUUUUUACCGUGGGUGUCUGAACAGAAGAAGAAACAUGGUGACACCUGUUGCCCACUGCAGGGAGUGAAACCAUCACCAUUACAGACCGAAUACCGUAACAAGUGCGAGUUUCUGAUUGGUGUAGGAGCGAACGGAGAGGACAAGACAAUAGGAUGCCGUUUGGGUAAAUACAAGGGAGGCUCAUGUGCGGUAGUGGAACCGUUUGAAACGAUUCACAUUCCAGCUAAGAUGAAGGCAGUUGUGAAGUCUUUUCAGGACUACAUCAGGUCGUCUCCUUAUUGUGUGUACAGCCCAGAGACGUACGAAGGUCAUUGGAAACAGCUGACUGUGCGCACCACUAGAGCCAAUCAGAUAAUGGCAAUAGUUUUCUUCAAUCCACAGAAACUAGGCAAACCGGAACAAGAGCAACUGCAAGGAGAACUGGCCAAGUACUUCACAGAGGGCAAUGGGAAGGAAUGUGGAGUUACCUCUCUCUAUUUUGCACAGGAAGGCCAGAGGAAAUCGCCAAACUUGGAGGAUCUGCCGCUAGACCACGUCACUGGGGACAAGUAUAUUUACGAGGAGUUGCUCGGCCUCAAGUUCAGAAUCUCUCCUCACGCCUUUUUCCAGGUCAACACCCAGGCUGCAGAAGUGCUUUAUUCAGCAGUUGGAGAUUGGGCCGACCUGAAUCAAGACACUGUGGUUCUCGAUGUGUGUUGUGGCACUGGAACUAUUGGCCUUUCCUUAGCAAAGAGAGUGAAGAAAGUCAUUGGGAUUGAAAUGUGUCAAGCAGCUGUGGAAGAUGCCAAAGUGAAUGCAGAAUUGAAUGGUAUCACUAAUGUAGAGUUCCUUUGUGGUAAAGCUGAAGAUCUCUUCCCGACUGUGAUCAACUCUGUGACCUCCCAGAACCUGGUCGCUGUUGUGGAUCCUCCCAGGGCCGGGCUACACUCCAGAGUUGUGCUGGCAUUAAGACGAGCGGAGCAUCUGAAGAGUCUAAUCUAUCUGGCCUGCAACGCUCGAGCAGCUAUGAGUAACUUUGUGGACCUUUGCCGUGCCCCAUCGCACAGGGUGAAGGGAGCUCCGUUCCGUCCAGUUAAAGCCAUGGCUGUGGAUCUUUUCCCCCACACCAUGUAUUAUGACUUGUUAAUAUUAUUUGAGCGAGUGGAAAAAGAUCAGGAUACAUGAAGGAAUUAAAGACAGAAAAUGGGAAGUAAUCGAAUCGACUUGGAAGUGAAAUUUUCACAUACUUUGCCUGCUCUGUAGCAGUAGCCAGUAAGUAUUUUAUCCCAUCACAUUAAAAGUUCUUUCAGCUCCUACAACACAUGUAUAAUUUUGUUUAUCAAGUAAUGUAAUGUAUGAAAUGAUAGUGAUCAGGAAAAUGUUCACAGUGUUCAUAACACCUUACAUAUUCUGUACAUUCCCAGCUUCUGAAGCCAAAUAAACUUUGGUCAAUACUUUAAAUGUUGGCACUAUUUACUGCAUGUG